UCUUGCAUACGCAGAGCUUUUUACAACCUUUGCGUACCUCUUUCGCAAGUUCGAUUUGGAAGUCUACGAUACUACUGAACAUGAUAUGGAUUGGCAUGAUUGCUAUACUCCAGCAACAUUUGGCCAUCUUAAGAUCGGAACGUAGAAUCCAUAAGCCAGUUCCAUCUAGCUAAGCGACCUGAUCCGUUUCUCUCCCUCUUCCUCUCUCUUGAAAAUGUCAGCAUACGACUCAACACGAGGUGUGAUUCCAAUCAGCAAGGUGGUUCCACAGCGUACGCUAUGUUUCAGCUCUGAUUUAGUGCAUGGGAAUACGAGACAGAUAAGUUCUCCUUUUGGAAGGUGGUUGCGCGGACUCGACUCUUACCGCUCUGUGCUCUAUGCAGCUUCGUCUGGAAGCCGGUCUUCGUCAGAGUUACUGAGGGCUACCAUGGAGAGCUAGAGCGCAAUCGAACUUCGUUGGUUUCAUCUUUCUUUUCUUCACCGCUACUUGGAAGUUGCAACUGAUGGAUGGGCAGAAUCACAAAGCUGAACAUUCCUCAUGAGCUUAUACGGGAGAGUCCAUCAAGCAGGAACUACUGAGCUUCGCAACAAAGGUUCAGCCCUGGAGGCUACCUGGCAAGCGGGCAACACAAAUGUCUUUUUGAACACUCCAGGACUAUUUAAACCCACACUUGCAGCCCCGAUGUUCGACUUGAUCUACUCAUCAGAACCUUGAACGAUCUUCAAACUGCAAAAUAGCUUUGAACAUGUCGGACCUCAACCCCCACCAAGCCAGCGCUCUCCAGAUGCACAACGACGCCCGUCGUGCCAUCUCUGCUCAGACAGGACACUCUCGUCCAGACCUAGCCUGGGAUCGAGGCCUUGAAGCCAGCGCUCAAAGAUGGGCCGAUCACCUCGCUCAAAUCGAGGGCUUUGAUCAUUCCGGUACCCCAGACGUGGGCGAGAAUCUCUACGUGAUUUUCCCCGCCAAUAUCGCCACAGUCAUGGCGGCGACCCAAGGAUGGCUGGAUGAAGCACAAUACUACCAUGGUCAGCCUGUUGACGGCGAUUUUGCACAAUACGGGCAUUAUACGCAAAUCAUUUGGCCAGCAACAACCUUGGUUGGGAUUGGCGCCGCCAACACGGCAAAUGGUGAUAGAAGGAUUUAUGUGGCACAGUACUCGGCAGCAGGGAAUGUCGCUGGCGCGAGUGCCUAUUGAUUGGGGAGCGUUGAUAGGAACGUCAGCACGGAGGGAUGGGGAUGGUCGGAAUGCUUAUGCAGGAUUGUAAGAUCGACUGGGGCACGCCCAAAGGCAAAUACUUUCGAGUGCAUUGCCUUGUUGUAUUUGUACUCUCCGUGGACGUGAUGAAGCUGAAGCACAUUCUUCUAGUGGCUUUGCCUAUCGUG